CUUGCUAAUUUAAAAUGCAAAUACUGGAACACUUCAGAGAACAUCUCUCCUAUGUCCAUGAGGAACUUCCCCCCUUCGUUCUGGAAGCAUCCCGGCGAGGUGUACGAGUAUCCAACGGAUCCAUGGCAUUCGCAUUAUUCACAGUAUCACCACAGGGUGCACGACUAUCAACAUCCGAACAUGGCGGCGGUGACGAGUUACGGCGGUCUGCUCUUAGGCGCUGCGCGAGGUCUCGGCCCUCAUGCGGCGCACCACGCGCACCCCGCGGCCUCCUACAAGGACUGGCCCUCGGCAACGCCGUCGCAGUCGCUCGUCGACGCUUCCACCGCACCCCCGUACCCGCACGGCCCCUACGCACCCCUCUCUGGUUUCGAGUCGCAGGUUCAAGAUUCCAAAGACCUAUACUGGUUCUAGAAUCGAGCCGCGGAGUCUCGUGGUCCAAAUUAAAUCGUAACAUCCCCUUGGUUGGCGCAUCCGCGGGAGGACGAGGAUGCGCGGUUAAAAACCGCGGGCAGCGUUCGGUCGAACGGCUGACGGAGCUGCUCGAACGGGCGUAGCGACCAAAUGGCGAACGGGAUUCCCGUGGAACGUUGUCGAGACGGGCGAGCGUGGCCGCGUACGAGGGCGAAACGUGAUAUUAGCGUGUUAGAGGAUGAUCCAGCCGUCGGUGUUCCCCGCGAAGUGAGAAGAAGGAACUUUUGUUAUACGGCCGGGCGAACGAGCAUUCGUUGAAACCGCGCCGCGCCGCGUGCUCGAGCGGAGUGUAAAUAGUGUUACCUAAUUUACUUUAAGGAUCUACUAUUAGCGUACGACUCAGUUAGUGUUUAGAGGAAUAAUUUGCGCGCACUAUUACUACCUUCAUAGUGACUGACGAUUGUAUGUCCGACCGGCCGCUGGAACAACGGAGCCUCUAGUUCGUAUAGAAUGUAGGGGAUUUAGGCCAACGAAAGGCAAAUUGUUUCGAUUUUCCAAAUAAUUACAGGAGCGAGACUGUAGGAACUUCGACCUCGGUCGAGGCGCUCCUCUCACGAAGUGUACGUCCUCUUGGCUGUCAGGGAUAAUUAAAAGAAAUCUAUGUUCCUUGAAUAAUAUCAUCGAUCUGUAGAGUGUAUUUUCAUUUCCCGAAUAUUUCUGAACGACAUCGACUUACGUUCGUACGCGUUGCGUAACUUAUUGAAGGAAAAUAGACGCCGAAGAGGAGGAGACAUUGACGGACUAAUUAUUUAGCGAAAUCGGCCGCAACUUUAAGUGAAAUAUUUAUUGACCAAUGAUCUUGCCAUAUAUAUAUUAUAAAUAUAUAUAUACACUAUUAUUAUUGUAUCAUAACACAUCGGGCGCUGCAGAAAGUUCUGAAAUCUCUCCAAAUCGACAAAUUAAAUGAUAGUUAUCACCCGAAUUGUCACUAUUAUUCUUUACACCCUUUCCCCAUAGGGUAAUCGAUGACAAACACAAACACUUUUUUUGUGCACGCAGAAACGUGAUU